GUUGCAUUAGUAGUUUGCGCCACGAGGAUUUUCUUUAUUUUAACAUUGAAAAUUAAUAAAAAUAUUGCAAUGCCGUACGGAAAUCAACCUACAGUCGAAAUCAAGGAAUUGACAAAGGAAAAUGUCAAAUUCGUUGUGGAAGGCACUGAUUUGAGCGUCGCUAAUAGCUUACGCCGUGUAUUCAUUGCUGAAACCCCAACGCUUGCUAUCGAUUGGGUUCAAAUAGAGAAAAAUUCGUCAGUUCUUUCAGAUGAAUUCAUUGCCCACCGUCUUGGGUUAAUACCAUUAAUCUCUGAUGAUAUGGUAAAGCAACUAAAGUAUUGGCGGAAUUGCGUUUGUUCAGAUUUUUGUGAUAGUUGUAGUGUGGAAUUUACACUCGAUGUAAAGUGCGAUGCCGAAAAAACUCGUUAUGUUACAAGUGCAGACUUAAAAUCAAGAGUUCCAAAAGUAGUUCCAAUCAACUCACGUCGUCCGAAAGAUGAGAAUGAAGCAGAUGAUACAAGUGCAGAUUUAAAAUCAAACAUUCCAAAAGUGGUUCCAAUCAAUUCACGUCGUCCGAAAGAAGAGAACGAAGUAGACGAAAAAGAUAAUAAAAAUGAUAUAUAUGAAGACAGUAUUUUAAUUGUGAAAUUACGAAAAGGUCAAGAGCUUAAGUUAUGCGCCAUGGCUAAGAAAGGUAUUGGAAGAGAACAUGCUAAGUGGAAUCCAACAGGCGGCGUAUGCUUCGAAUAUGAUCCCGAUAAUGAAUUCCGUCAUACUACUUACCCUCAACCAAAGGAGUGGCCAAAAAGUGAACAUACCGAACUGACUGAUGAACAGUUCGAGGCAGCAUACAAAUUCGACACCGAACCGAACAAAAUUUAUUUUAAUGUGGAGACCACAGGUGCUUUAAAACCAGAAAAUAUUGUGCUUAUGGGUGUACGGGAACUGAAAAAUAAAUUAUCAAGUCUUCAAAGCAAGCUACUUAAUGAAAUGGUUCCAAUUAAUUCAUGUCGUCCGACAGAAGAAAAUGAAGCAGACGAUACAAGUGCAGAUUUAAAAUCAAGCGUCCCAAAAGAGUUUCCAAUCAAUUCACGUCGUCCGAAAGAAGACAAUGAAGCAGGCGAUACAAGUGCAGAUUUAAAAUCAAGUGUUCCAAAAGAGAUUCCAAUCAAUUUACGUCGUCCGAAAGAAGAGAAUGAAGCAGACGAUACAAGUGCAGAUUUAAAAUCAAGUGUUCCAGAAGUGGUUUCAAUCAAAUCAAGUGGUUCGAAAGAAGAGAAUGAAGCAGGCGAUACAAGUGCAGAUUUAAAAUCAAGCGUUCCAAAAGAGGUUCCAAUCAAUUCACGUCGUCCGAAAGAAGACAAUGAAGCAGACGAUACAAGUGCAGAUUUAAAAUCAAGUGUUCCAGAAGUGGUUCCAAUCAAAUCAAGUGGUUCGAAAGAAGACAAUGAAGCAGACGAUACAAGUGCAGAUUUAAAAUCAAGCGUUCCAAAAGAGGUUCCAAUCAAUUCACGUCGUCCGAAAGAAGAGAAUGAAGCAGGCGAUACAAGUGCAGAUUUAAAAUCAAGCGUUCCAAAAGAGGUUCCAAUCAAUUUACGUCGUCCGAAAGAAGACAAUGAAGCAGACAAUAAAAGUGCAGAUUUAAAAUCAAGCGUUCCAAAAGAGAUUCCAAUCAAUUCACGUCGUCCGAAAGAAGACAAUGAAGCAGACGAUAAAAGUGCAGAUUUAAAAUCAAGCGUUCCAAAAGAGGUUCCAAUCAAUUCACGUCAUCCGAAAGAAGAGAAUGAAGCAGACGAUACAAGUGCAGAUUUAAAAUCAAGUGUUCCAGAAGUGGUUUCAAUCAAUUCACGUCGUCCGAAAGAAGACAAUGAAGCAGACGAUAAAAGUGCAGAUUUAAAAUCAAGCGUUCCAGAAGUGUGCAGAUUUAAAUCAAGCGUUCCAAAAGAGGUUCCAAUCAAUUCACGUCAUCCGAAAGAAGAGAAUGAAGCAGACGAUACAAGUGCAGAUUUAAAAUCAAGUGUUCCAGAAGUGGUUUCAAUCAAAUCAAGUGGUUCGAAAGAAGAGAAUGAAGCAGGCGAUACAAGUGCAGAUUUAAAAUCAAGCGUUCCAAAAGAGAUUCCAAUCAAUUUACGUCGUCCGACAGAAGAAAAUGAAGCAGACGAUACAAGUGCAGAUUUAAAAUCAAGCGUCCCAAAAGAGGUUCCAAUCAAUUCACGUCGUCCGAAAGAAGACAAUGAAGCAGACGAUAAAAGUGCAGAUUUAAAAUCAAGCGUUCCAAAAGAGAUUCCAAUCAAUUUACGUCGUCCGAAAGAAGACAAUGAAGCAGACGAUAAAAGUGCAGAUUUAAAAUCAAGCGUUCCAAAAGGGAUUCCAAUCAAUUCACGUCGUCCGAAAGAAGAGAAUGAAGCAGGCGAUACAAGUGCAGAUUUAAAAUCAAGUGUUCCAGAAGUGGUUCCAAUCAAAUCAAGUGGUUCGAAAGAAGAGAAUGAAGCAGGCGAUACAAGUGCAGAUUUAAAAUCAAGCGUUCCAAAAGAGGUUCCAAUCAAUUCACGUCGUCCGAAAGAAGAGAAUGAAGCAGGCGCUACAAGUGCAGAUUUAAAAUCAAGUGUUCCAGAAGUGGUUCCAAUCAAAUCAAGUGGUUCGAAAGAAGAGAAUGAAGCAGGCGAUACAAGUGCAGAUUUAAAAUAA